CCUUCCCCUGUCAUCUCCUCCUCCUCCACCACCACCUCGCCGUCGCCGUCACCGCGCCACCGUCUCCUCGAUCUCUCACUCCCACAGCUCGCUGGUUGCUUCGGCUUCCGCUGCUCGGUCGCGGUUGAUUUUGGGGGAUGACGAACCACGCCGGCUUCGCCGCGGACGACGCGGUCACCGCGGCCGUGCCGGUGCAGGCGGCGCAGGGCGGGCGGCAUUUCCCGCCGUUCCUGGCGCCGUCGUCCAGGCUCACCGACUGCAAGAAGGCGGCGGCGCACGUGGACCUCGCCGGCGCGGGCGGGGUGGCGACGGUGCCCGGAUCUUGGCCGCGCCACGCCAAGCCCGUCUCCGGCGCCGAGCUCGACGACUGGAUGGAGAAGCACCCGUCGGCAUUGGCAUGGUUCGAGUCCGUCGCCGCCGCGGCGAAGGGCAAGGAGAUCGUCGUGUUCCUCGACUACGACGGCACCCUCUCCCCCAUCGUCGCCGACCCCGACCGCGCCUUCAUGUCCGACGAAAUGAGAGAGGCGGUGAGAGGCGUGGCGAAGCACUUCCCGACGGCGAUCGUGAGCGGGAGGUGCAUCGACAAGGUGUUCGACUUUGUGAAGCUGGAGGAGCUGUACUACGCCGGGAGCCAUGGAAUGGACAUCAGGGGCCCCACCGCGGCAGCGUCGGAGUACAACCACAACAUGAAGGCAAAGCAGGGUGAUGCUGUUACUUUCCAGCCGGCCGCCGAUUUCCUGCCCGUCAUCGAGGAGGUGUAUCAUGUGCUGAAGGAGAGGAUGGCGAGUAUAAGGGGUUCGCUGGUGGAGAACAACAAGUUUUGCCUUUCCGUGCACUACCGCUGCGUCGACGAGGCGGAAUGGGGCGUGCUGGACGGCAAGGUGAGGGCGGUGAUAGAGGGCUACCCGGAUCUCCGUCUCAGCAAGGGGAGAAAGGUGCUGGAGAUCCGCCCUGUCAUCGACUGGGACAAAGGCUCCGCACUCCAGUUCCUGCUCAAAUCUCUCGGUUAUGAGGGGCGCAACAAUGUUUUCCCGAUAUACAUUGGAGAUGACCGCACCGACGAGGAUGCUUUCAAGGUGUUGCGCAACAUGGGACAGGGCAUAGGAAUCCUUGUGACCAAGGUCCCAAAGGAGACAGCUGCAUCCUACACUCUGCGAGAGCCAUCCGAGGUGAAGGAGUUCCUGCGCAAGUUGGUGAAGAUUAAGAUCAACGGGGACAAAGGGCUGAUUGGCAAGUAGCUGAUCCAAGGCAUAUAGCUAGCUAGCUAGCUUUUUGUUCCUUAAUUUGUCUCUUUCCUUUUGGUCCAUUAGAAGAAGAAGAAGAACAACAACAAGAGUUAUAUGCAUGGAUGGUAACUGAUCAUGCAUGAUCGAUGCAUGCGGUGGUGAAAACCCGGGCUUUUGGCUUUGAAGGUGUCUAUUACCGUAUCCUUCUGGCCAAGGUCCUGUAAUUAAAUUUUGCUGCCGUGACAACAGAAAUCUCAGCAAGAGGGACACAAGUGUGGCCCCUUUUCUUUA